AUGCAGUGGGACGACGACCCGGAACUGGCGGACAUCGGCCCGCAGUCCAUCUACAAGGUGGUCCGAGCUCUGAAGAAGGACGACCACGGCGCUUACAACUGCCUCGCGUCCGUCGUCGCCGACGCAUCGUUCGUCCGCGACGUGUGCGCUCGGUACCCGAACCUGCCGGUGUUCGCCAACCUGCGCUGCGGGCUGUGGUACGUGGAUCCGGAGACGCGCGGGCGCCGGACGAGGACAGGCGAUGACGACGACGACGACGACCGCGGCGCACGAUCGGACGCAUCGCUCGCGGCAUCGGACGCGGUCGGGACGUGCUACUUCAAGAGCACCGACGGCCACUGCAACAACUGGAGCUUCAGCGCGACGCGGCUCAACCUGCACGUCGCCGAGGCGGCGGCGACGAGCGGCGGGUGCGUCGUGGUGGACGCCACGAGGUCCAGCACGAAGCGGUUCCCCGACUCGCUCUCGAAGACGAUCCCGGUGUGGGCGGAGACGCUGUCCCGGGCGGUCGCGCGGCGCCGAGGCGAGCCCAUCGACGACCGCAUCGAUUGGCGCGCGGGACCGCACCUGCCCGUCUGGGUCGGCGAUAACGAGCGCAACAGCAUCGCAGCCUUGAUGCCGGCGUUCGAGGAAACCCUCGAGGGGGUGUUCGGCGACGGCGCUCCCGACGACGCCCUCGCGUCCCUCGCGGCUAAACUCGCCAAGCCCCUUCGGUGCGUGUGGGCGUCGAGGGAAAACGCGACUUCGUUGCCGUGUCUCGGCGCAGGGGGACGUUCGAAAUGGGACGGCGACUUCGUCCCGCUCGUGCUGGUGACGGCGUCCGAGCCCAUGGCGCGGCACGGCGAGCGCAGGUCGGGUGCGGACGGCGCCCCGUACGCGUACGUGCCGGGCGCGGGCGACGACGAGGAGUCCUGGUCCAGGGGACUGACCCCGAGCGUUUUUUGGCAAAACUCGACGGAGAUAUUACACGCCGGGCCCCGAGGGUGCGCCGCCGUCGUGGACCGCGUCGUGACGAGGACGCACUCACUCGGGGGGGACGAGGGUCACGAACGAGCACGGGUCACGAACAAAGGGGGUUUGGGAUACGAACCGGCGGGCGGUGGGGACGAUUCGUCUCGCCUCGCGCCGAAGGGGUGCGCGGAGGUUGGAGCUCGAACGGCGCCCCCCGGGGAGACGCCGCUUCGAGCCGGGGGCGUUCGAUUGCUCGACGCGUUCGGCGUCUCGCUCGCGCUCGGGUCGGCCGCGGCGCUGGCGACGGAGGCGGCGUGGGAGCGCGUCGACGCGGUGCUGUACGUGGGCGAGGAUACGCCGCCUUUACCCCCCGGGUGGGCGAACGAGGAGAGCCUUCGCGAGCCGGUUGGCGAAAAAACGAGCGAAGACUCUCAGAGAGCGAAAGCGCCCCGGGGGUACCCUAAGCCGUUUAAGCACGUGCCGAUGCGUUACGCCAAGGCGGCGCGGCGCGACGUCGCGGACGGGUUGGACGCGUGCCUGCAGUUCAUUCGAUCGAACGCGCGCGGGCGGACGCUGGUGGCGUGUAAGGACGGCGUGGACCACUGCUGCGGCGUGGCGACGGCGGCGCUGGUUGACGCAAGUAUGUCGGGUGAGGAGGCGGGGGCGGUGAGCAAGGAGGAGGUGAGGCGGAGGCUGGCGGACGUCGCGCGCGCGCACCCGGAGUGCAGGCCCAGCCGGGGGACGCUGAAGCAGGUGUUCAACCGGAUGUUCGAGAUGCGGCGAUAG